CUAGGCGCUCGGCCGCGCUUUGUGGAAAGAAGGGCCGCGAGGUUGGUGGGACCGACUCUUCGGACCCGGGAGGCCGCCUGGCAUGUUGGGAGUUGUAGUUCGCGCUGGUUUGGGGUGUCUGGCAUGGAGGUUCCAAAAUCCAAAGUUUGAUUUCAGCCUGCCCUUGCCAGUGCCUGGGCCUCUCGGAGCCGUUAUUGGCUGCCGUUAAGGACCGUUACCUUUCCCGGUGAUUCCUCGGCUCCUGGCUCCGCAGUCUCGGGACAGCCCUUUCCUGGGAAGAUGUUCUUGGUGGGCCUGACUGGGGGCAUUGCCUCCGGCAAGAGCUCAGUGAUCCAGGUGUUCCAGCAGCUGGGCUGUGCGGUGAUUGACGUGGACGUCAUGGCCCGACACGUCGUGCAGCCAGGAUACCCUGCCCACCGGCGCAUCGUAGAGGUCUUCGGCACUGAGGUCUUGCUGGAGAACGGUGACAUCAAUCGCAAGGUCCUGGGGGACCUGAUCUUUAACCAGCCUGACCGGCGGCAGCUGCUCAACGCCAUUACCCACCCUGAGAUCCGCAAGGAGAUGAUGAAGGAGACCUUCAAGUACUUCCUCCGGGGAUACCGCUAUGUGAUUCUGGAUAUCCCCCUGCUGUUUGAGACCAAGAAAUUGCUGAAGUACAUGAAGCACACUGUGGUAGUAUACUGCGACCGGGACACACAGUUGGUGCGGCUGAUGCGGCGGAACAGCCUGAACCGCAAGGAUGCAGAGGCUCGCAUCAAUGCCCAGCUGCCCCUGACAGAGAAGGCCCGCAUGGCCCGCCAUGUCCUAGACAACUCGGGCGAGUGGAGCGUCACCAAACGCCAGAUCAUCCUCUUGCACGCCGAGCUGGAGCGCUCCCUGGAGUACCUGCCGCUGAGGCUGGGGGUCCUCACGGGGCUGGCUGGCGUUGCCAUCCUCCUCUACCUGCUCACCCACUACCUUCUGCCUUACGCCUAGCGGGGCACUCAAGGCAGGGAGCCCAGGCCUCCAUCUGUCUCCUUGGAGGCCGAAGCCAGGUAACACUUCCUGUUUCCUCCCAGUCCCCUCUACACACACACACACACACACACACACA